AUGCGACAGCUUCUCAAAGAGUUACCACACUGCCUCAUUAGCGGGGCGCGAGUCGCGGAGCUGGAGGAGAGGCUUCAAGAUGAGCGCAUAAUCCUUACAAAGAGUCAACGAGAGAACUGCGAUUUGGCGCUGGAAAUUGAGAUGCUCCAGGAACGCCUGGAAGAAGCUAACGAGACCAUUUCACAGCAUGUGGACACAAUUCGACGCAAAGAGGCCGAACUUUCAAUGAUCCAGAAAGAACGUGAUUUGCUGAGACACACGCAGGAGGAAGACACCGCUUCCCUCCGUAAACGCUACCAAUCAUCUAUAGACGAGCAGAAUCACGAGCUUGAUGAAUUCCGACGCAUUAAGCACAAGUACGUCAUCCCUCACUUUCCAUUUUCCUUGUCUGUCUUUUAUUUUCCUCAAUCGCUUUCCAUAACUCCUAGAGAAAGGGUAGGAAUAAACGCAAAUGGAUGCGGUAACUCGAUGUGUUUGACCUCGUUUACGAGUUUUGGUUGA